CUGCGACUUAGCCGUGAAUUAUGCGCGUUGACCGCAGUGCACCAAGACCCCUUGGUUUUCGGCCUCGCAUGGUUCUUGGUCAUUUAGAAAGUCGAUAUUCCUGGUUCGCAGCAUAAAACUGAGCACUAGUCGUUUCGUCCUCAUGAAGGAAGCGACCCUUCUUCUGUUAUUAGCUGCGGGUAGUUUCGCCUCUGUCAUCGAGUUUGUUUCGCUGCCGAACACGAUAAGCUUGUCUUCAACGUCGUCAGAGCUGCGCAGUAGUCAGCUGCCACUCCUGAACGAGAAUAUCCUUGGUCUCACAACAGAGCCAGUACGAGGGUUGCAAGUAAAAUCUGACUUGUUUACUCGUCCACGUGCUGUUGCUAUCAUUGAAGUAGAUGGUAUUGACAGGCUCGAAAAAGGAAAUAAUGACAUUUACAAGCUCAAGGAGGGCACUAUCGACUGGAAUCGACUAGACGAAAAACUGGCCAGUGUCUUUGGCGCUGACAGGGAAUUUGCAACACUGAAUAGCAAAGGAAUCAGUGGUUCCACAAUCGCGGAGGAAGCUUCAAAGCAAAAGGACUCCAAUGUCAUCAGGACUGAUAUCGGUGCUCUUCGAGAAGAGCUCCAGAAUGUAUAUCGACUUGCUUCUGCCGUGUCUGCUCGUAAGGCCAAAUUCGACGUGGCCAAUUCUGCUGAUGUUUAUCGCAUGAAGAUCAGUGGUCUUUCUGACGGAAGCGCCAGCAAACAGAAAGAAGCAGUUGAGGAUAUCAGGAAUGCUGUGAAUGAGCUUGCCUCCGCCCUCAAGAAAGUUUAUGGUGAUCAGGUAAUUGUUGAAGUUGUUUGUAAUCCAGUCAUGGUAAAGGACGAAAAUCAUUCACAACAACAUGGUGAAGUGCGCACAAAGAGGGCUGCGCCUGCUACUACAACAGACACGAACUUGGAAAGAUGGCGUAAGGCACUUAACGUCUACAAAUUCACAUCUACAGACUAUCCAGCCAUAUUUGCUAUUUUCGCCGGUUUGACCAUUAUUUUGGCUUUGGCUGUUCUGUACACGGUUGUGGGAAUGAUGAGCAUGGAUCCUAGUAAAGACUCGAUCAUAUAUCGUAUGACAACGACACGCAUGAAGAAAGCGUAACUUGUUUUGCAUAUCGAACGCUUGUUACAAUCUCCCUUCUUCACUUCUACAUUAGAACUCGAAUAAAUAUGCUAGUCUUGGUACUCUAAGUUCUGAUUUGAAAAAUCUAUAAUUGUGAUGAUGUACAGGAUAAGACCAUGCUCUGCAAUCGACUGGUUAAAAAAGUAUUGCCGCU